AUGGCGCCACUCGCGUCGCUGCGCUUGGAGGAGCUCAUUCUCUUUGGCACCGAUGUGGGCGUGCUGAACCACACGACGCUGUCUCUAUGGCAUUUCCAGCAGCUCAUGCGUGAGUUGCUGCAGGCUGAAGCAGCGACUGAGCCGGAGGAGGAAGAGCAAGACGAAGUCGGGAGCUGCGCUGAUGAUUCCGCUGUGACUGAGCACGUACUGGCGCCUGCUGAAGGAGUGGAACUAGGAGAGGGGAUGAGUGUAGCGGCUGUUCUCUAUGAGAAGCCCGUGCACGGCUGUGAAGCUGAGAAAAGCAGCAGUUUCGACGUGACGGACAAGUUUGGGGACACAUUAAACAGGACAGACGAGAGGACUGGACUGCCGCUCCAAGGAGUGGCUGGUACUGUAAAGGGACACUUGACUCCAACCACUCGAGUUGCUGCAGCCUUUCGACGCUAUCGCUGCGUCUUGUGCCUCGAUGCGUCACCCUCGAUUUUGUCCAUUGACCCGUCAUCUGGACGAUUGUUCCUGGACUUGCUGUAUGAGAGUGUGGAGCUAUUUCUAUGGAGUCUAUUGCGACCUAUGGAGAUAGGUGGUGUGGCCUUCAGUCCAGAGCUUUAUGUGUCGGUGCUGGUGCAAGGAGCACUCGUCGAGUCGCUCUGUGUGCUCAUGCAGGGCUACAUUGUCACGUCAACGAAUGCUGCAAGCUUCUUGCAGCUGAUCAAGGACCGAUUCGAGUUAAUCGAAAAUGAUUGGGCGUCUCAAGCUCAAGAGCGAGGACAAUGGGGAUAUUUGGGUAAUGCAGCACCGGCCCCGCUCGACUGGAUCUUGGAGAACAUGGUUUUUGCACUCAACUCGUUACCCACGGACUGUGCGCCGAUCAUGGUGCUGGUAACAGAUGGUGUGGUAGAUGUACGAGACGUCUUCUCAUACGAUAACGUCUUGAUGCAGCUCGUGCGUCAUGAUAUUCAAUGCCAUUUCUUGCGCAUUGGUGGGGACGGAGAAAAUGAACUGAACGCGACAUUCGGAUUCGUGCCAGACACGCAUUUACUUCGAUUCGUAUCUGAGUAUACUGGUGGAACCGUGUUUGACUACGAGACUAUUUUCGAGGCUUGCUAUGGCAUAUCUAGUACAAGCAGCAACAUUGUCAAGAGAAUGACAGAGUUACAAGAUGCAGUAUUCUUACGCAAAUCGAGUGUACAUGCGAACUCUGCACCUGUGGUCAAGCUGAACGCGAUGGACAGCACAUCGUUCGAUGGAAAGACUCUGUUGCCCUUGCACCCUUACCGUAUGUGGCGCGAAAAAGUGCACGAAUAUCGCAUAUACGCAGACGUGAAUCGUAUUGUCGAGGCAAGGCUUCGUGAAGGCUUUUCUAUGAACAAGAUCUAUGUGAAGACAUACAAGCAGCCAGAGACGACGAAGGGAGGCCUUAAUCAGGCCGGUGUCGGCUCUCCUAGGGAUGGCAAUGCACCCCCAAGCAAUAGUAGCGAGCAGUCGAGCGAAGCCACCAAGUUGUUGUUUGUGUUUUUACUACAAUGGAAAGAAAAUGUCUGGCUCGAAUAUGUGGUUUCAACGACGAUCGAAAACUCAGCCGCAUCAAAGUCGUCGGCAAGUGCGGCCACCGGUCGACGAGUAAGUGGACAGGGUGUCAGCGGUCUGAUCUCGCCGACAGCAGCAAGAAGCGCUGCUAUUCUUUCCAACGACAAGGGAGCAGCGUGGAGUGAGUGGUAUGUCAAAAUGAACAUUUUGGGCUACGCCGACUUUCUUCGUGCGUUCGAAAACGCAAUGCAGCGCUUGUCAGCAAGUGGAGAUCGAAGGGCUGCGAUCGGGGAAGACCCUUCCAUUGCCUCGCCAAUAUUUAUACAUGACUUUGUCCGAAGUGUUCAGGACGUCGAUCGCGUGCUGUUGCAUUUAAUGACUGCCACUACGAGCAUCCGUGAAACCAGCGACUCGGCUGUCAACCAGUUUUCUUUCGGAACGAACCCAACAUCAGCAGCAGCGAAUCCGAAGAUUACAAGUUCUCACCCUGUGUUCAACAUUAUUGGUGACCUCUCUACUUUGCUCUGGCACCGCUGGUUCUUCCUGGAGCGAUUUGAAAUACUCUCUGUGGUCAAGAGUGAUGCGUGUACAGACUUAUUUUAUCGUAGUGCGACGGACAAUACAGAGAACCGCGGGAGUGUGGGCCUGCGCUUGCGCGGCCCUGAAAACUCGUCACGAAUGAUCCAUAGCCAUGGAGCAAGUGCGUAUAGUACAAGCAAUGGGCACGUCUCGAUCGGGAUAGAGAGCUGUGCUGAGCCAUUGAUUGCAAUUCUCACUAAUUGGUCUUCGCAAAAACUGUCUCAGGAUUUAUUUCUAAAGUUCCUGCGUCCAACUAGUACGAUAAAGGAUAAGGGUCACGUCCCGCCUAAGGCCAAGAUUUUGCCGUCUACUAUCACCUCGUAUGGAGGGCUUGCACAGCGACGUCGACAGCGCAGUCAGAAUAGCAGCAUUGGUGAAGGUGUCAUGCAUGGCGAAGAUAGCAGCAGCGCAAACGAAAGUAAAGCAGCUCUUUGUUUUGUUCGACUCGAAUUUAAGAACAAGACAUUGUGCGCAAUUCACGUGGCCUUCUUUGCGACAAAAGCAUCGACACGUCGACAAGUUUUGGAUGAUCUGAAGAGCACAAUUUUUGCUGGGAUAUACGAAGUCGCUGUGCCGACUCCAUCCAAGCUGCUCUCGUCAUCGCUGACAGAAACGCCAGUCAUUCUCUGUCACCGGAUGCUAAGUCGCUUGUUUGUUACGCAUGACACCCUUCUUCUUCAUGGCAACGAUCAAAAAUCAAGACCUUUCAAUUUUUACGUGGCAUCGCCCACAUUGGAUGCUGAUCAAAAUGCAGGAGUUUUGCCUCCAUCGAAUACGUGUUGCGGUGGCAGCGAGCUCAAGCUUCAUCGAGUGUUCGGUGCGUACGUGUGGCACUCGAGUUGGAAAUGGGAAGUGCCAAACUUGGCGGCGAUGUCGAAUGUUAUGAGGCGGCUUCAUGAGGCCCGCGUCAGUUGUGGGUUUUGGGUCUUGGACUGGAAGAUAUCGGAAGGUGAUGAUGAACAAGGCACGCAUGUUAAAAGCGUGAUUUUUGGGCGGGAAAUUUUGAUGGAAAAUGAGAACGGACGCAUAAAAACGGCCCUCGUACAAUAUGGUCUCCGUCGUGUCUCAGAUACUUGCCUCAUGACGUCUUUCUGGAUGGAACCUCAGCACGGCGUUGUAAAAACCCGAUUGUCGGAUGAAGCUGACCGCAAGGACAAAUUUCACUGGAGUCUGAAGCAAGCUAUCGGCCAUGACACACCGUUCGAAAGCUAUGAAGGAGAUACCCAUCGAAGUAGCACUCGAGCAACUGUCGGGCAUACGUACAAUUCUUCUGUGGAUGACGACGUGAAGUCUGUGGAGCAGGAAGGCCCGAACACUGACUCAAAUGGAGAUUUCACGUACUUGGAUGAAAGCGAACUGCUGCAUUUAAUCCGUGGGUAUCUGUAUAAGAGCGACCGCCACUUUCUGUCAUGCAUGCAUACAUUUGAUUGCAUCAUACAUUUUCGUGAGAAUACCGACCAGUCUGAUCAAUCGAAUACGGAUAUUGAUGGUGUCAUCGGCUCCAGUUGGAGUGUUGAUCGGCAACUUGCGGCGGAAAGUGGCAUGAUCCUUCCUCCAUUCAGCACAGCGAGACUUCUGGCGACUUCAAAACGGUCAACAGAACAUUUUCUGAUGUAUUUGCAAUGUGACAAAGAGUUUACGAGUAGGGUGGAUGAGUCGAGAAUUUUGGAGUUUCCAGUCUCACCAGCCAAUGAAAACCUUUAUUCGAUGCUUGAAGUUACUUUGCGAGGUCUGAGUGAUUGCGAAGUGUCAUGGGCAGACUACAACGGGGACAACGUAGCGGAUCAAGGUAUGACUUCACCUAGCAGCGGUGAUCGAUUUGACAAGGCAGGUAUGGAUGGACAGCUGCCACUGUGGCUUAAGCAACAAUUGUCGUUGACUUUUGAAUCUAGGAAGCCGCACCAUGCUUUGAGUAAAGGAAAGUGCUUUGCUAAACUUGUGAGCAGCGACUGUGUGGUGCUGGCAUUCUUUCCUUCGUUAAAUACUCUACAGAUUGAAAACAAAACAGACAUAGAACCGUCAUCGAAAAGUAACGGUGAAGUAGAAGACAAACCGCUUUUUGAAACAAGGUUUGAUAAGUUUAGAAUGUCGUCCGGGGAUGAAUCACUUUCACAACAGUUUUCGGUACAGUCAGCUGAAGAGGACGGACCAAAUUCGCGAGGGGUGCGGAUGUCCGUGUCUGCAGAUGAUAUUGUGCUAUAUCAAGAACGCCGGCGCAGCUUCCGCGAAGGGUAUAAGUCCUGGAGAAUGGGUCAUUAUCAAGGAUCUCGCGAUGCGAAGCAGAGUUAUGGGCGUGAUUUCCGAAAACUUCGCCUCCCGUCGACCCCCGAAGAUCACGAAUUUUGUGAAGAGAUUAGCCGCCAAGCGUCGUACGGCUGUGAUUUUCACCUACUGAUUGAAAGUGCCGAUGGAGUGAUGGGCUCAGGCUUCUUUCAAGUUGCAUUUUAUGAGUGCUCACUUUCGAGGCUAUCAACAGACUUACACGACACUAGUAAGCAGACGUGUAAUGGUGUGGAUUCCUCUCAGACUGUUUUGAGGCAUUUGUUCUUCUCGACAAGAACCGACAAAAAGCUGACGAGGGAUCGCGCGAUGAUACCACUCGGUCGUGGUCAGCACAAAACAUCUCCUGCCCGGUCAUUAUCUAGUUCGAAAAAGCAUCAAUUAAGUGCUGAUAGUGUUCUUGAGUCUCGUCGGUUUCGCAAAAAAAUCAAACGAGCACAUGAGCAUAACUUCUCUCGCGGUGUUUACAUGGCGCUUCGCGCAGGGGGCACGGUCCAGCACAGCGAUUUGCUGCAGGCGCUUUCAAGCUGUGUCGAGAUCCCUGUGGAUUUUGAUGUCACACUUCUGUAUCACAUGAUGGAGAUUGCUGCAUCACGGAAAAUUUCCCCUUUGAGUCCAGCAGCUGCAGCCGUGAUUUCUGCUGGUAUGGGCGCAGACAUUCUGAAGGAAAAACUGACGAAAUCUUUUGAAACGAUUCUAUCGAGUGUUUUUGCUCCUGUAACCGGCACGAAGUAUUAUUUUUUUACGGGGGAUGAAAACACAAUUUAUGAAGACCUUACUGCGAAUGAAUUCGAGCUGCAUAUUCUCAUGGAAGAUUCAGAUGACGACGAAGCAGUGGCUGAAAGCCGAAACAGUGAGCGACGCGGAGGUAACGAUGACACGUAUUCUCUUCGAGAGCAGGACGUUAAUUCUAGCGAUGCUGAACAAGAUAGCGAAAGUUUCCGACAUCGCUUGGAAGAAUCACCAGACGUCAAUUCAGAGGGAGAAAACGAUACUGCCGAGAAAGAUUCCGCCCAAAGCAGACGUGACAGCUUGAGAAGCGAUCUAUCCCCUUCCGCGGACGAAUCUACUGAAGAAAGAUUGGUAAACGAGGAGAACUCAGGGACAGUUGAAGAGGACGCAGAAUUUAACAAAGAUGUCGCCGUCGCAACGUCCAGUUUUUCGGUACCAUUCUUUUUAAGGUUUGAAUGUCGCGUGCUUAAUUCUCCACGUGAGACUCGUACGAAUAGCGCCGACACACAUGCCUUAGGGUUGGCGACACUGUUGCGUCGAUCUUCUAGUAGCGCUGCGUACGAAGAAGUGCGGAAGGAAAUGAUCGCACAACCACAAGUCUCUAUGCCAAGUAGUCGGCAGGAGGAGUUUAGCGCUUUUUUAGAAUCAUUGAAGAAUAGCCAGGGAUCUCAGCCCUGCUCCAAUGGAACUGGUGUCUCUCACAUUGCCGAUUCCUUUUUGGAUGUGCCGCCGAGCCGCGUUGCUUUGCGUUUGGUAACCAUGACUUUGCCUAACGAAAGUGAAAUUGAUGGUCGGCGCGUGGCACCUCACGUGCCAUUCGUAAUGGAUACCUAUGGCAGCCAACAGGCCGGAAUGAACAACACUUUGCCGUCGAUUUCACCCAACUUUGCGACGCUACAUCGUUUUCAAUGCCAAGUACUAACACGCAUUCGACAGGACAUCAAAGAGUGGUGCAGCGUAGAGAUUCUUUCAAUUUUGAAGUCUGCGAACGAAAUUACGCCGGCAAUUGGAGCGCUAGUGCGAAGGCUUUUCGAUGACCUGCCUGUGUUCGCAGUAACAAAUGCAAAGUAUCCGCUCGAAUUCGUUACUAGCAGCCAAGAAACCUCAACCUCCUCGCUCGAUCUAUUCAAGCAAGAGCUUGAGAAAGGCGAUUUGCUAACUGUUCAUCGUUGCAACGGUAUGUAUUUCGUGGUUGAAACGAUAAGGUCUACCGAAAGACCUGACGGAGCGAGCGAAAAUCGGUCUGGCGCGACUUUUGAAAUUCCGUACUGGGCAUACUUCGAACUCGGAGUUGGCCACAUCACUUUGCGAUAUCAUCACCAUGAUUACUUCGGCAUAUGUGGUAAGGGGUCAAGUCGGUUACAAGUGCUUACUCGCCUUCAACUUGGAAUUCGCGCUAUAUGCCGUCGCGUAAAUCAGUCCUUGCUCUUGCUGCAACUCCACGAGACUCGCACUUGCAACAAGUUACUACUACCACCAGACGGAGACCCGCCAUCGUGUCCACAAUCGCCCAAGCAACGAGCUGGUUUACAACGACUUUCAGAUUCGACGGAUGAAAAGGAUGACCCGACAAAGCAAGGCAUUUUCUUUUGGCCUGGUCAGUUCGAGUGUGACUUGUUCUACUCUGCAUUCUUUAAGCUACAUGAGCGUUUGACGCCCAAUUUCGCGCUCAACAUGUUGUGCACAUCAGCUUUGGAGCAAUUUCAAGUUCACAAUCGGCGUCAUCUUUUUGUGUACCGCGACCGCGAUGGCCACGUGUUUUAUAUGAAGAUCAGCACCUCCUAUGAUGUAACGUUGUCUUGUGAAGCCGGUCGUCAGCUCGGUAAGGAAAGAUCGGAUCAUGGUUGCCCUGCAAGGUCGAGUGCUGGGGGGACUAGCUCUGCGGCAACGACUGCAUCAGGAGGACCUCCUGGAAUUCUCUUAAAAGUGUUUGGCGUGUCCGAAGCUGGUGAAGAAGUGACCAAUGAGCUGUGCCAUCUACUGGAGCGAAAACUCGAUGAAGCAACACAGAUGGUACUUAUGAAGCUGUUGGCGCGCAACACGAAGUUCCAGCUGAGCCAGUCCGACCUAGCCUUUUUGUGUCCUCCUGCGACCGAACCUUCAAGUGAUGUCUAUUACAAUCUUCCGGGUGAAGUACCCCACUGCUACGUAUUGCUGCACUACUUGUCUCAGACGCUCAAAUUGGCGUCAUAUAUCCGUCCUGUCACGAGCGGUGGGUCUGCACAUAUGCAGAACAUGCGAGGUGCUGUGGAUAACUCAUGGCGGGUGGCUCGGCGUGGAAGCGUAACGUCUGCAGAAAACUCCGUGGGUCUGCUCGAUGAAGAUUUUGGAAAAGAUGUGGCUCCAGAAAAAAGUGUGCCAACACAAGUUAAAGAAGAUACUACAUUGUGCACGAGCCACGACAGUGCUCACAUACAUCCCGUUUACUUUGGAAGCUACCUGAGAAAAAACAACUACAAAGAGGACGAUCCGUUCGCUUCAUUUGAUGCAGCUACUCGAUCGCCAGUGUUCUUUGUAGCGGAACGUGAAACGGGUAGUGAGCGUGGUGCUUCUAACAUUGUGACCUCGACAGUUGCGUCUCCUGAAAUCGUGGCACAAGCGUCAUAUGUGAUAAACUUAAACCCAGACUUGCGGCUUUCACAAGGCUUUUUGUCACGUGUCGGAAAGGGCCUUGCUCUUAUGCGAGUGGACCUUAUUCGCAAAAAUUUCGCCACAACUGAGUCUGUGGAAGUUCGUGAGCUCAAAGACUUGGAAGAGGUUCGCGACACACCGAGCCUCGCAGUAUUGUACUCAUCUUCUAUAAACAGCGACGAUGCACUGGUGGCAAGGUGUCAGAUAUGGACUCGUGGAUCCAUCGUUGCAGUGGAGUUGAGUUACGUCGUGAAGGCUUUUCUGAAUGAAGCCGUGCAUGACUACCACAUCGAAGAGACAAUCAAAAAUCUGCAGCAACAGAAUGCGUCCUGUGAAGCAGCCUCAGUUUUCUCUGGCAAUCAAGUGAAUUUACCCUCUGGUGUCAGCAUGUUGGUGUCACUUUUCAAAAGCGCGUGUCUCUUGCCUUCGUCCUCUGUUACAAAGCUAAGGGGGCAGGUGUCGGUCGCGCCAUGGGAUCUGAACAAUGUUAUGGCGCAAGUUAGGAGUUUCCUGUGCUGCUUGCCUCGCCAUCUGCGACCCGUGGUUUAUGCAAAGUCACUUUCAGGUAGCUAUGAUUUUGUUUCGAGUUGCGAUGAAAGACUACACAUGAGCUCUCGCAUGAGCGGACCGCCACCGACCGAGUUUCGGCUUAUUGUACAGCAUGUUUGUUCUCCGGACGUAGACGAAGGUGCAGACUCGAGUGACUCUGAUGCAGAAACGACAGCUUCAGUGUGCUCAACAGCUCACCACAUCGAGCCGUUGAUGAGAACUGAUUCGAUUCAUUCAGAGAUUUCCGAUAUCGAUUCGGUCUCAGGUCGAACACCGUUCGCAUGGGCAUCUAUCGGCGGAAGCUACGACUCGAAUGCUAAUUCUCAGAUACUAAAUUCACCGUCUGUGUCUUCUACAACUUUAUCGAUGGCCGGAAUGAUGGGAGGAGGUCAGUCACAAUCACAUCUCCAACGGGGGAUCGUUACGGAGAGAGACGUGUUGCUCUACGUCAAUAAUUGCAGUACCCAGCGGCGUCGGCGAAGAUCGCUAAACCAUGAAUACCGAGAGAUUAAACGAUCUUUUUAUUACGUCGUUGAUUUGUCGAUCAGUAAGGGGUUGCGAUUGUACGGAUACAAUAUGAGCAGCUCUUUGGUGGAGGCGUUAACCGCACACAUAGCGCGAGUACUGACGUGGAGCAUACUUCGCGAACGUCUGCUAAGGAGUCUGCUGCUCGAAAAGUCUGGUCUUUCGACUGCCGCUCCUGUUGGAGCCAUAGUGCUUCAGCCGAGCGGUUUGGUUUCGGCCGUUGAGAGGAUGGAACAUACUGGAAAGGGUUCAUGCAAAAAUUCGUCUGUUCUAUGCAGGGAUUCUGCAGUCCACUUCAUAGAGUAUCGCCCUUGCGUGCUUUCAAUACUACAGUCCAACGAAUGGUUUCCCAGAGUUUUGGAUACAGCUCGCCUGCGUGCAGUUGAGGGUACCUCCCUCGGAGUUUAUUUGCGCGAGGCACAGACCCAGCCGACCACAGCGCUGGUUGAUACUCAGUACCAGCGCCCUCGAGGAAAAGGUAGCACAUGUCUAGGUGUUUCAGUGGGACCCCCGAGCAUUCCAGACCUUACACGGGAAGUGUCCGAGCAAUACCUAUCGCAAAGGAGUGUCCAGAGCAACGGCGACAGCUCAGUAAAUUUGCUGGGGGGCCAAUCACCUGGAAAGGCCAAGGGUGGGUGCGUUGUUAGCAGCAGCAACGCGUCUGAUAUCGUACCAUCCUCCUCACCAAGUAGGCGAUUGCCAAGUAAGGAUCGAGGCGAAGCCGCUCGAAUGCGAGGCGGAACAGGAGCUACAACAGCGCUAAUGGCAGCACGUGCUAGAGCACGGGGCGGUGGUGGCUUCCCGAAUCGAACGGGUGUGCUAGGUGCUGGUGCAUCGCGAACUGGUGGUAAUUCCCCAGCAGUCAUGUCCAGUGAUACUGUCGCACCAUGGGAUCUGCCGUUGUCGAAUAUGAAAGCACCACGGUUGCUCACCACUGCGGACGAAAGUGACGUUACGAUAAGGACUGAUCGGGAUGGAAGUCAAACAGCGGGUACUGAAAUUGAUUCAACAGUCAAACCAGCAACGUCGACAAAUAGGUCAAGGGGAGUGAAUUGUCACAUUCGAAGAGGGUCUCGAGGUAGUGGCAUAACGGACUCAGGGUUACCAUCGUCUUCAUCUUCGUUAUCAGGACUUCCGUUAGCGAAGCCGUCUGCUCGUCGCAUCGGUAGCAAUGAAGCGUUGCUGGCCGAUCCGAGUCGUAUCCAUAGUUCGUGGAAAACACGGUUGGAGGUGGCAUGGGGACCUCGAUUUGUGUUUCCUGGAAAUACAGAACGAUGGGUUACAAGCGUACCGCUUGAACAGCAGCAACACUUUAUUGAGCUCGAAGAGGCUGAGGAUGAAGGGCAACCUAAGAAAACUCUGGCACCUCUUUCGUUCUUUUGCUCUGCGCUGGAGAAGCGGUGGGAGAUGUUUGAAAAACGCUCGACUAUUCACACGGUGGGCAUGCAUUUAUUGGAGAAGCUUGCGUCUUUGGACGCAAAAAACGAAUCGACAGAAGAGCCUGUCGCGAAGGAUGUUGUGGCGCAUUUGAUGCAGAGUGGACAUCUUUUGCUGCACCAACGCUUUCGGGCUGCUUUUGUGGAACAGUGGACAAUGGUAGAAGUGACAGGAACGCGCGAAGGUGUCGAAGUUGUGGAUAACCGCUUGAGUGACUUGCAGUCAUGCUUGGAUUUGGUACACUUGCUUCGGUAUAAACGAAAGUUUAUGUUUGAUCAAGAUAAAUGCUUUGUGGCUAAACUCUAUGCGGAACACACUGUUGAGAGCGUGGGAGCUGGCACAGGUGCUGAUGUCUGGGCAAUGCGGCAGCAGGUUGCAGCCAAUAUGGAGCCGUUGCGACUGGAAGUGGCGAGUGAUUUUUACAAAGAAUACGCCGUGCAUUUGCGCACACUGGGAUUCCGACGCCUAAGGACGUUGGACACAAGUACGAAACAUGCACGCGCAUUUUCAGUUGAUCACGCUGCUGCUGAGAAUGAAAAUGAAGUACCAGGUGUAGAGGGAUUUUCCGAGUACUUUUAUCACCCUGAAAGGACAGCCGCAAAUGGUGAAGGAUGGAAUGUGGAUUCGAACGAAAGCUGCAGCGAUUCCUUCUCGCUAGCCACUGUGCUUUUGGAAGUCAGGUGCGACAAUCGCGGUGUGCGGCUGAUUGCUGUACUCGUAAGUUUGCACGACUUGGAGCAGCAGGACCUGCAGUUGCAGACCCCUUUGGCAGUAACGGCCGGUAAGUACACAGCUGCGACGUCGGGACUCAGAGUUUAUUGCGUAGCAGCGUGGCUACGCGCCCAAUUGCAAACGCAGGCCUUGAUCUACGGAUUCACUAUUCGCUACUUCCAGCAGCACAUACUUCUGUGGAUUAACGCUUCUUAUGAUUUCCAUCAUAGACAUGAUAGGCAUGGACACUGCGACGACAAACACCUCAGUGAGGAUGAUGCGAUAGUGAGUGCAUCACUAGUUCCGUGGAAGAAAGCCGCUACUUUUCAAAACAUCGUCAGAGGACUUCAGAGAUUUUUAGUCGCAUUUCCGGAUCCGCCAGAAAAAACCAUGAAGUCAAGCGCAGUGGUGCCGACACCGUUAUCCACGAUUCCGAUUUCUGACGGCAGCAACAACACAGUAAGGGCAAACCAGCUCAACGAUUCGAGAGCCUCUUCGAGUUGCACAGCUUCCGCACCAUCGGGUCGCGAUAGUCAUCGACCAACAUCCCGCGUCGUAACAAGGUUUGCUCGGCGAGUCGCGAAAAAAACACAUCAGCAACAACCAGCAUCUGAUCACCCUACGCCUCCGGCGGCGUCAGGAGCCUUAGAUAAGUCUGCAGUACCUCUGACUUCGUCCGCGUCAGCAGCUACACAGAAGUACCAAACGCCUCUGUCAUUGCUCUGGCAUGAUUGUGUCUUACGAGUGGCGACGGUUGCACUGCUACCAAGCUUUCGACAGUCGAACUGCUCCGAGUUGAUCUUGGUGCAGAACUUGCUGAGAUACAUCGCGUGUCACGCCUCACGCUACGACGUGCUGGAUCUGUUGCAGUUCGGCACGCCGGACGCUGUCGUUUGUCAUUCUCUGUCAGGCAGUUUUUUCAAUCGAUCACCGGGCACCAUGACGUCAUCCAUGCCGGGUGGCCACGCUGAAGCUUAUGCUGGAUAUUCGUUGGUCAUCACAACGCAAUCCUUGACUCAUGAGUGUGUCGACAAGGACGUGGUGCAGCUAUUGCUACUCAAAAGUACGUCCUCGGAAUCAGGUGUGGGCAGCGAAGUUCUACCGGUGGAGCGGGCGUUGCAGGAAGCCCAGCUGUUUACCCGAGAGCUACUUCGCGUAGCAACUCACCACUAUGAGCGUGAUCUCUUAUGGUCUCGGCUACUGUUUGACGAUUCGCGUGAUCCCGAGGCCGAUCUGGCUCCAACGCUGACGCUACCAUCGGACUUGUUCCGUGCAGAAAUAGGACCACAGCAGUUAGAGGAGUGCUUGCGGUUGUCAAUUCGUACUCCCCUGGAAUUGCUGGACCCGCGUCUCGGCGAGCUGCUACGUGUAUCCGGUGUCUGCUGGCAGGAGUUAGCGAUGCGGCUGCGUGAUUUAUACGCUGAUCAGCUUCGCGAGUUCCAGUUUGAACAGGAGGACGAGAAUAGCAGCCACCUGCUGUUGCUCUGUCCUGACACGUUUGAUCUUGUCAUACACUUGACGUUCAUCACAUCGAAGGACCAAGCGAUGGUGCAAGCCGAACAAGACGAUGCAGUGGAUGGAAAUAGCAACGCAAGCAUGAACAGUCCUAGCAGAAGCUCUAGUAUAUUGGGCAACCAGUUCGGCAGGGCUAGCGAGCCGAUCGAUGCAAGUGGUGUUGACAGAGUGGCUGAAGGUGACGUGUGCGUGGAGAUCUGCCGCCGUGAGGAGCCGACGAAUAAGGAGUUCACUCUUGCGCAGCGGCGGUCGAUUUCAGAAUUUGUCAAUUGCAUUGUGCACUGGCAAUGGCGAAGUCUCAUUUACGAUUAA